AUGCAAUACGAAAAGUUUCGACUUCGAGCCGCUUUGUGUUUCGGACUCCGAUUUUCAAAAGAAAGUUCUCUCGAUGCUUACGAAUUUGGAGGAAAGUGUGUAAGAAAAGAGUUGGAAAAAAAGAAAAUAAAUGAUUUCGGACUUCGCUUGCUUCCGUGUGACAAAUUUUGGAAACGCCAUGGCGAUUUCUGUUAUCGAAUUUACGAUGAGCAUGUACCUUACGAAAAAUCGAUGGAGAUUUGCCGGCUAGAUGGCGCGAAUCUCGUGUCGAUUCAUGGUGAAAAGGAGAACGACUUCGUUAGCGGUCUUGCUGAAAACAACUGGAUUCGUAUUGGACUUGUGAACCAGCUGGAUGAAAACAAGUGGAAAUGGAAUGAUGGAAGUUCAUUAGAUUACACGAAUUGGGCGAGCAAUCAACCGGACAAUUUGGGAACCGAAAAAUCGACUCAUCUUUCCACCCUGAUCAGUCACAAAUGGGCCAACUACCCAGAGUCGACUGGCGCGAAAACUGUGUGCAAGAAAGCGAUUCGAAAU